AUGAUUGAAGACUUGAAAAAAUCUAAACAAACUAAAAGGAGGAUUCAAUUAGAAAUUGGGAACCCAUAUGAUGUUGAUGAGGAGGAGGAGGAGGAGGAGGAGGUUAGGGUUGUUGAAAAGAGUCCCCCUCAAACAUUAGGUAAACGAAAAUCUAGGGGAAAGGAUGUUGACACUGAUAUGGGUCAAAUAAGAGGAAAGAAGAAAAUUAAGAGUUAUUUUGCUUCUAGAACAACCCCUGGUGCUCAACCCUCUAUAAGAAGUGCUUUGGCUACAAAAGCAAUGAUUGAUAAUGCAAAAAUGAAUAUGGCAAGAUGGUGGUAUCAUUCUAAUGUACCCUUUUAUGCAUCUCAGUCACCCUAUUAUCAACCUAUGAUAGAUUCCAUUGCUGUUAUUGGGCCGGGAUUUAAGGGGCCAUCUUUUUAUGAGUUGAAGGGACCCCUUUUGAAAAAUGUUGUCCAUGAAGUUAAUGAUUUUUUGUUAGAUAUAAAAAAUGAUUGGAAAGUAUAUGGUUGUUCAGUGAUGUCUGAUGGGUGGACAAAUCAAAAGCAACAACCAAUAAUGAAUUUUUUGGUGUAUUGUCCAAGGGGAGCCAUGUUCUUGAAAUCUAUUGACACUUCAGGCCUUACAAAGGAUGCUGAAACUUUGUUCAACAUAUUUGAUUCUGUUGUUCAAGAAAUUGGUGUGGAAUAUAUUGUGCAAUUGAUUACAGAUAAUGCUUCUGCCUAUAAAAAAGCUGGAAAAAAAUUACAGCAGAAGUAUAAAAAAGCUGGAAAAAAAUUACAGCAGAAGUAUGGUACUUUAUUUUGUUCUCCUUGUGCAGCUCAUUGCAUAGACUUGAUGUUGGAGAAUAUUGCUAAUCCUAGGUGGUUCCCUCUUGUUGAUGAAGCAAUUAAGAAGGCAAAAAAGAUAACAAAGUUCAUUUACAACCAUGGAGUUGUUUUAGACUUGAAGAGGCAAGAUUUUACAAAUGGAAGAGAGUUAUGUCGUCCUGCAAUUACAAGGUUUGCCACUACCUUCUUAAGUCUAAAGAGCAUGCUAAGGUUCAAAAAAGAGCUUAGACAAAUGUUCACUUGUGAUAAAUGGCUUUCAUGCCCCCAUGCUAAGACUACCGUUGGGAAGGAGAUAAGUAAAAUUGUUUUGGAAGAUUAUUCGUUUUGGUCUCAAUGA